CAGGGAACGUUUUGCUAAUUAGCAGAGCGGCUUCGUGUUAUUUGUUUCAGACAUUGGUAUCUUGUAGUCGUCGCAAUUGACCGUCAUGGAAGAAAGUGGGGGUGUCUCUGUUAUUGAUGAAAAGAACAUUCCCACAUCAGACUACCCAUCAUACGAUUUCUACGAACCUUCCGGAGAUGUUUUGGCCAGCGAUGUUUUCCAUGUCGUUGUUUGGAUGUUGCUUUCGAUUGGAAUUAUUGGUAACAUAUUGGUUGUGGUGUGGAGACUUGCACAGAAAAGAGAUCAGAGAUCGUCUCCUCUCUCAAUCCUCAUCAUCAUGCUAGCAGUUUCAGACUUCUUCUAUUGUGUUCACUUGCUUCUUCUUGAGGGUCUAGUGACUGAAUCUCAUCUAGGACAACAAAAGCAUUGGGAACAAGUCUCUACGCGUUAUGUGUGCAAUACAAGCUCCGUUCUGUCUUGGGUUUCUUGUCUCACAGCUCAGUGGGCAACUUUCAAUAUUGCAGUUUACUCGUUUCAAGUACUAAACGGAUGGUGUUCUCGUUGUUGUUGCUCACUAGUUCGCAAGCGAGUUGUGGUCACCACAAUCAUUUACCAAGUUGUUUUGGUCGUUGCUAGUAUUUUGUCCCCGUUUUUGCUUUUUCUAUAUGUUGAUGUGCCAUUUUUGUUUCAAUAUGAAAGCAGCUGGGUAGACAGAUCUAAUGUCCGUUACUCAAGUCGUGCACAAAUUACUGCGAUUUUUGGAAGUUGUGCUUUAGUUCAGUCAUGCGGUUAUUUUGGUUAUUGCAUCAAUAGUACUGAAUCAGUCUCACACGGCAAUUACACCACUGUAACUAACGAUCUCGAUGGUAUCUCUUGUGAAUUAGAUGCUGGCCUCAAUCCUUUUCUAGGAGCAGCUGUGGCAUCUCUAUGUACUCUUCUUACAUUGUCAUAUGUUGUUCUCUAUUUGAUAGUGUGCCUCACGGUUCGUAGAAGAGCCUCUCCGAGAAACCUAACAAGAACAUCUGACAUACACAAAUUUCAAUGGAGAUUGAGUGUAAUUGUUCUAAUAAACAUUGCAUGUUGGAUUCCCACAACUGCAUUGCAUUGGUCAAGAAUGGUUGGCAUGCAAUUUGUAGAUAUAGAUUCUACAGAAUCUCGGCAAUUUAACAAUACUACUGCAGCAAAUGUUCUUCUCAUCUCAAUCAGUCCAGCAGUUAAUCCUCUCAUCUACACAUUAACAGGAAAGAACUUUUUACAUUCAAUUCGCAAGUUUUGUAGACGAAUGAAAUGCAACAUAUCUAUGAGACAAAACAGUUCCAACUACCACGAUGAUCACAUUAGAGGAGUUGAACGUUGCAGCUGUAUUCCAUGGGUCAGAUGUGUUCACCAAAUUGAUGAAGACAAUGAUACAGAUCCUUCUGACUGGAAUUCUAAUCAGAGCAGACUCUUGCCGUCUACCAUUGAGUCAAGUCGAGCUCUUGUUGAUUUUGGAGCUGGUGCUCGUGACACCGUCAUUCCUGCUCACAAAGUUUUCCAACGCAAAGAUUUGAUAUAUGAUCGAAGAUGCGACUUGAUUGGCAGAGGAGGUUUUGCUGAUGUAUACAAAGCAGUCUUACAGGGAAACACCGUCGUUGCAUUUAAGAUACCAUUCAUUGGAGGACCUCGUUUUACAGACAUAGAGAUGAAUGGCAUCAUGAAAGAAUCUUCUAUUUUGCUGGCUAUUCCUUCUCAUAAACAUAUUGUCAAGAUUUUUGGAGUUUGCAUCGAUUCUCGUCACUUCGGUAUCGUUUUAGAGUAUAUUGAUGGUGGAGAUCUUUCCAGGCUGCUUUCUUCUCACACAUUUGUCCCUUACAUGAACAAUUGGAAGAACAAGCUGGAUAUGACUUGUCAGAUAGCUGAUGGCAUGACACAUCUUCAUGGCCUUGAUCCACCAAUCAUUCAUCGUGAUCUGAAACCAAAUAACAUAUUGGUUAAAAAGUCGUCAGCUAAAUACACUUGCAAGAUCUCUGACUUUGGAUUGGCAAAAUUACGAGCUACAACUACAACUGCAGCUUGCUACACGGGAGAUGGAAGUACUUUACAUGCAGCUGGUUCUUUAGGAUACAUUGCACCUGAACGAUACGGAUCUGUUCGCCUAGAUAUGCCAGCGUUAGCAAAGUCAGACAUUUACAGUUUUGGUGUUAUUCUAUUUCAAUUCAGAGAGCGCAUCUUACCAUUUGGCGAAGAGAACAAUGCUGUAGUGAUUGCAUUAAACAUCAGAGAAGGAACACCAUUCAAGGUUCCAAUAAAACCUUGUCCACAUGGAUAUGACGAACUGAUGAGAAGUUGUUGUUCAAUGCAAACAGAUGAUCGACCAGCUUUUGCAGAUAUAUUGACUAACCUGCAGGCGAUGUUGCACGACACUGCUGCGUGACGUCAUCACAAACUGUGCUUGAUCUAGAAACUGCUGCGAAUGCAGAUGUUGUCCGGUCUUUCUGUACUUAUCAAGUCGUUUUACAUUUGAGCAUUUCAUAAUCGUAGCAUGUUUGAUUGUAAUGUGCACCAUGGAGUUAGAGUAGUACUUCUGUUACAUGGAUAGUAUAACAUA